AUGGCUUGUCGUGGCUUUGUGAAAUAUGGCAUUUGCGCCAUCUCCGUCCUCAGUAGCCUAUUGGCAGGGCUCUUCUGGAGAUCCUUUUGGGAGUACCUCUCAAGUGAGUUUGAUCAAUCCCGCAUCGCGGAAUUGGAGGCGGCCUUGCAGCGCGAAGCCCUUGCAGCGAAAGCCGCUAGGGCUGAGGUGGCAGCGUUGCGCAAGGCGCUGUACCAGGGGGCCGCUGCUACACCAUGCCCAGCUUGCCGAAAUGAUGUUGGCCCAGUUGGCAAUGCAGAGGCAACAUUGAUGCCAUCUCCGCCCCAACCCGGGCACUAUGCACGUGUAGGCCUGGCUGCGGUGGCUGACAAAGUGCACCAGAACAAGUUUGGCAUCUCCAUCGCCAGCCAGCGAUGCUAUGCCGAACACCAUGGCUAUGACUUCGAGGUCAUCGAUCCAAAAGACUAUCCUCGUUGUAACAAGUUCAAGGACUUCUUCUUUCGGAAACAUUGCUCCGUGGCCAGAUUUCUGGAGAAGCAGCAGCAGGAUUACAUUCUGUUCGUGUUCGAUGGCGACAAUCCAGUGGUUUGGCUGGAGAGAAGCCUGGACCAUUGGUUGCAGGAAGUUUCUGCGACGGAUGUGGUUCUCUACGAACGGUGGAUGAACAACGAGAUCAUGGCUGGGAACUACGCAGUGAGAAAUUCGCAGUUCGGCAUUGAAUUCCUGGAUGGCUGGGCAGCGUUUGAAGAGGAGUUGCCCAAAGCUGGAUAUCACUCCUCCGACAACGGAGCCAUCCAUUUGCACAUCUUGAGAGCGCUGGGUCUUCGAAAUGAGAAGCCCUGCACUCAACAUUGGAGUCACCUUGGAAGCGACAAGAAUUACAUGGACGAGUAUUAUGCCUUCGUCAGCUGCACCAGGUUAGUGAUGGGAGUGCCAAGACGAUGGAAGGUAGCUGGCACCCACCGCAUCACCAUCCUGCCACGGGGCCAUUCUUGGGCCAUCGAUGGUGGGGAUGCUGAUAGCAAGGUAUCCCCCGUAGGUGCCAUCUCCCAUCACGGGCAGAAGACAGAAGUGAACUAUCGACAGUACUUUCAAGAUGACUUCAUCAGCAGCAAGGGCGCGAAGUGCCAGUCGAUGAUCCGCGGAGGUUUCUUCAUUGACGCCGAGAGCUAUGGAGAAGCCUUGUGGAAGAAGCUGAAAGACCGCACCGAUGGAGCCCUACUGGACUGGACGCGGCAACAUGCGCCGCCUUGGGACUUCAUGUAUUUGAACUGUAUGAAGACCCUCUCCUGUCGACCACUGGAUGACGCGGAAGUGCUUCCGGUGCUGUUCCCACGGCCCCAGCAGUCGAAGCUGCCCUAUGUCAGAGUUCCCAAGGAUGCGAAGUUUGAGGUGUGCGCUGGCGAGUGGGAGAGCUGCGACUGCGUGGGCUACGUCUACUUUGGCACCAAAACACGUCGGAGUCCUGUGGUUCGAGUGCCAGCCAGUGAAGGAAAGAUUGAAUGCAAAGCAGACAACUUCGAGGGCGACCCGGCCGUUGGAGACGUCAAGAAGUGUCAGUCCAGUGCCUUAAUGAACGCCUCCGGGGAUCCAUUCAGAGAGGUGCAGGCGGCUGCUCUCUGUCAGCGCUUGGGGCUGCUGAAGCAAACGGUGGACUUUGGGGGCAGCAACCAGGUGCUGAACUUUGAUCCUGGGCUGCUGGGCAAGGCCCAACGAGUGCUUCACAUGGAAACUUACGCGGAGGUGAGAGAUAUGGCGCGUGUCCUUCUGAAGAACUUCGAAGCACUUUGCAAGGUGCUGCUGCACCUGAAUGACGACCAGGUGAAGAUGGAAUUGAAGGAAAACACAGAGUUGACUGGUGCGAUUCUGAGAUUGGAGCAGGUCUGGGCCGAUUGCCAGUUCAUUCUGCACCAGGGCUGCUUGGAUUUUAUCGAAAUCUUGGAGCGCGAAGUCUUGCCACAACUCAGUCCACAGUUGAAGUGGCUCAUCCAUGUAGCUCUCGAAACGGAAUCUCCAGCAGGGAAAGCAAGCACGAAUGCGGACCACACGGAGCUUCAAAAUGCGAGGGUGGCCCUGUACCAGACCGUGCCGAUGAUGGUUUACGUGGAUGAGCUGUGGAAGGAUUCCAAUCCAGACGGUCCCAGCUGGCAGAUGGCCGUGUCGCCCGUGUCGCCGCGGCAGCUCCGGAAGAGGAUUCUCCGAAGCAUCUACGACGACUCCAAGCCCUUGCGUCUGUCCCAAGUCUUCCAGUUGGAUCGUCCCCAGCACGUCACCGCUGCAGUGGCGGCGCUGGGCCGCCGAAGCCGCUGGGACGAUGCAGUGCUGGUGGCCACCUCCGGUGGCCAUUCGAGGCUGCCCCCAAGCAUCGCCACCUACAACGCUGCAGCCGCCGCCGCCGCGGCGGCUGGUGCUUGGCGCAGCGCGCUCCAACUCCUGCAGGGCGCUGCGCAGCAGUCCUUGCAGCAGUCGCCGGUGACGCUGGGCACGGCCUUGAACGCGCGCGCAGGUGGCACCUGGCCACAGGUGUUGUGGCAAUUGGACGCCAUGGAGCACGACGCUUUGGAGCCCACCAUCCGCCACAGCAACGAGGCAAUGGAGGCCAUGAGGUGCGGCGCGACCUGGAGCUGGGCACUGAGCAUCUUGGAACGGGCCAUGGCGAAACAUCUGGCGCCCAGUGAGUUCACCAGCAGUUUGCUGCUGAAUCAGUUGAGACAGACUUGGACGUUGGCAGUUCAGGUCUUUGGCGACUUGGAACGUCAAGGGUUGCAGCAUGACACGGUGAGUGUCAACAGCGUCUUGCAGGCGGCCAGUCAAGAGAGGCGAUACUCCCGGAGUCUGGUACAGCAGCUGAAGCAGAACCAAGAGCUGGUGGAUUCAGCCACCUGCAGUUUGGCCGCGACAGUGGCAGAUUCUGAGGAGGUCUUGGAGCUGUUGGAGAUGAUCAAGGCGUCAAGGCAGCAGCCGGAUGUGGGUGCCUACACCUCCCUGCUGUCAGCACUGGACCGUGAUGGGCGUUGGGAGGUGGCACUUGCCUUUGGAGACACCGUGAUGUCGGACGGGGUGGAGGUGGCCGGUUCUAUGGCAGCCGCUCUGGUGAGUGCCUGCAACACUGGCCGGCGUUGGGCACAGGCCAUGGACUCUGUCGGCCUGCUGCGUCGAUGUUUGCUGCAGCUGGAUCUGGUGCUGGCGUCAGCGCAAAUUAGUGGGCUGGCAGGCAGCAGCUGGUAUCGCGCAUGGCAAGGCUUCCGCCAGUUGGUCCCCGCAACGUUGCAGCCUGACAUCUUGACGCAUGGCGCAGUUGCCACUGCGGCAGAGAAGGGUCAGCAAUGGGACAUGGCUUUGGAUACGAUGAGAUGGCAUGGAGUGAAACUCGACCUCGUCUCGUUGAACUCAGUGGUGAGCGGUUGCGAGAAGGGCCAGAGAUGGCAACGGGCCCAGGACUUGGUUUCCAUCUGCAUGGCGCAGCUCAUGGUGGUGGCAGAUGCGAUCAGUUUCAACUCCGCGAUCCUCGCGUGUACGACCUCACGACGGUGGCUCCAUGGCUUCAGCUUGAUGAAGCUGGCGGCCCAAAGACGCGUCACACCACAGGUGGCGAGUUUCGGUGCCUUGUUGAUGGAAUGUGAAGACGCCAGUCCAGAGAUUCUGUCCUGUCAGCAAGACCUUCUGAAAGGUUCGUUGGAGGCAGCAGGCCUCGACCUCUACGGCGAAACAAGUCGAGUAUCCAUUUGCGGUUUGCGGGAGCUGGAGCUGUCAACGAAAAUCGGGCAAAUGUCGAAAAGUGGUUUUAUGGAGCUUUGCUGUCCGCAGGACGAUCGACACCACACCCUGCGGCGAGAUUUCGGGAAGUUCGACGAGAAGCGUUUCAAUGAGUUUCGGAGUUUCCUUAUCGCCGAGAAUGAGAAGAAUCGCAGUGGCGGCAGCCGUCAAACCGAUUUCUUCCGUUUGGUGUAUCGGCAGCUGAAGGCCGUUUCCGCCUUUCCCAUCCAGGAGAACUUGUCGGCUGCCAUCCUGGCCGCUUCGAACGCUCAGGCAGCCUUGAAACAGAGCAACCUCUCUGAUCGGGACCUGGCCGACGCACUGCGCGAGCAAGAGCUAUUGGAGGUGCCAAUGGCAACGGAAGUCAGAUCCCUCUAG